AUGAAAAAGGUUGUUAGGAUAUUUUUUUCACCUAUAGUAUCCUUUUUGCUAUUGUUACAUCAAAAAAUAACGAUUAGUUCUUACUUAGAUGUGACUCUAUUUAAUGACGACAUUUUUGAUAGUAUGUUGAAAUCAGAGCUAUCAUAUAUGAGCAAUCAUUUGUCCUUUAAUGAAAAUAAUAAAUCAAAUAAGAGGAAGAAGAGAAAUGAUUCAGCUACAGAUGAUAUUUAUAUAUUAACACAAAUGCUGUCUCAAAUUAUACCAUAUAAUUUUUCAAUUUAUUCAUUAAGUUUACCGGAUGAAACGGUAAGUAAUAAUAACAGUGAUGUUAAUAACUUUUUAGAUUUGAUAAAUAUGUAUGAUGCUGAUAUUAACAAUACUAUUACUCAUCAUUUAAAUAAAACAGAACCAAUAAAAGGGUGUGAAAAUGACAUUAAAAAUCAUAAUUGUGAUAAAGAUGUGUUAUCAUGCAUAACAUUAAAAAAAAAUUAUUUAUCAGAAACCUGUAAAAAAUCUUUAAAUAAUUCCUUAUUAUAUUCAUGUGUUGAUGAUUUUCUUCAUUACUGUAGCGAUUACACAAAAUUUUCUAAAAUACAUAAAUGCUUGAAAAAGAACUUUUAUCAUUUAAAUGACAAAUGUUUAAAUAUUUUAAGCUAUUAUGAACACAUAGUUCAGAAAUUACAUAAAAUAAAAAGAAAACCAUACGAUAAUCAAGAACACCUAUUUUUAGAAAAAGAUAAGGGAAAAGAAAAGUCAGAUAAAGCGGACACUAAAGUUAAUGGUAGUAGCAUCAACAGUAGCAGUAGUAGAACAGGUAGUGUUGUGCGUGAGAGUAAUAGUGGUAAAAACCUCGUUGGUAGCAAAUAUAAUUUGAAAGCAACUGAUACUGGAAACGACAAGAAUGAUGAAAAAUAUAAUCUUUUUAACAAGAAUUCUUUUGAGCGAGAACCAACCAUAGUUGAUAGUAUAAGAAAAGGAUAUGGUCAUUAUUUUUUCCCGUCUAUGGACUACAACAAUUUAUUCGAUUUCAACUCAAGAACUUACGAAUAUAAAUAUUAUAUGUAUUUUGUUGCUUGCUUAUUUAUUUUAUUUCUUUUUUAUAUUUUAGUAAUAUCAGUUAAGAAAUAUUAUACAGCAGAUUCAAACAGCUUUUUGGUGCACAAUGAGAAAACUAAGUUAGCCCAGUUGUGA